CAGCCACUGCAUAAAAACCCCACAUACAGAUUCAACACACUCCAAAUCAUUCUCUCAAUCCCAUUCCCAUUCCCAGUUUUCAACAUUCAAGAUUUUUACUCAAUUCCCUUAUCCGAUCCUGUUUUAAUUACUAGAUUCUUGAUUUACAAGAUGAAAGGAGGAAAGGCGACUCAGAACAGAUUCCUGAGAUUUCUUGCUUUGCCGAUGAGGUGUUUAUCGAGGACGAGAGAUUGUUACAUUAACGGGAUGAACAAUUACGCGGUGGUGAACCAGCCGAAGGCGCCGAGUAGGGUUCAACGGAGCUACAGUGUGAGCUCGCAGGGGUCAAACGACAGCGAGGAUUACCGGGAGCUUCUGAAGGCGGCGUCGAUGCGCGGCAUGGAGGGAAGGAUCGAGCUGGAGAGGCUGAUGCAGCAGUACAUGAAGCAGCAGCAGGCGGCGGCUGCGGCGAUGGCUAUGAGGUCGUCGCAGAGGGUGCGGCGGAGCAGCAGCGUCGCGAUGGGGAGGAUCGACGAGGAGAGCGGUGCGGGCGAGGAUGAUAGUAAUCAUGGCGUGGAUGAGAUGAAGUAUCCCAGAAGCAAAAGCUACGCCGUUAACAACAAGAGGAGUACAGUCAUUGGGUUUUGAUUUUAUUUUUUUUUUGGUUAUAUAUUCAGCGGAAUUGAAUUGAAAAGCUUUGUAAUUGUAGUUGGUUUAAUUUGGUUGGCUUGGGAGCAGGUGCUUUCAGGUUCGAUCAUGGUUGAUGAUACGAUGAUGAUUGAUGAUUCUGUGCAUUGCAAUUGGUGAUCGACAUGGCGCAUGACUUUGUGCCCGUUCAAUCCCACAAUGCCGUUUCAGGUUAAUCAUGAUAAUAACCGUGCGGUGUGGUUCGGUACGGUGACAGAGAACAACAUUCUAGCUUGCAUUGUAUUCUAAGGGAGGAUUAUUUUCAAUUGCUUUCAUCUUCUAUAAGAGAAAUGACACAGGAGCGAAUUCAAAGAAAGAGGUGACAAAAGAAGAAAAUAAAGAAAACGAAAGUUCACCGCACAGAUCCGAUCCAAUCUGAUCUAGUCAUGAAAUGCUGCACAAGGAGUGACUUUAGCCUUUAGGAUAAGAUUAUAUGUAUUUCCUUUCCCGGUGUUCAAGGUUGACAAAUUAUAUAUCCACGAAAAGCACCGGAUGCUUACUUUCCAACAAAGGAAACGGCCGUCAUUUUGAUUUGUCGAGACAAUGUUGUCAACAUUAUGUACGUUUCGGUGUCGCUGUGCUGGAAAUUUCAAGGUUAUCUGAACCUCUUCGAAGCCUCAGCACAGAUUAUAUGAAUUUACUUUUUAGUAUAUAUAUUUGAGAUUGUAGAUUCAAUCACGUUAUUAAGGCAUCUCUUAUGUAUGUACUUUUUGAGUGGAAAAAUCUCUUUUGUAUUUAAAAAGAAAAAACG